GCAAAGGGACAUCAGGCUGGAUUCAAACCGGGUCCGCUGCAGCAAGGAAACGGCCUUAAUGGCUGAGACCAGGAGUGAGUCAUGGACAUGGAGGACAGAGAUGCGAAGUGCGUUUGGACUGAAGCGCUGCAGCGUAAAGACGACAUCAGAGGAAAGAAGAGUCCUCCACGACUUACACCAGCCAGACAGAGACAGAAAUCUCAGCAGCAACAAGCUGCAGAGGAGGGACGCAGAGCGGUGGAGGAGUCGCUCUCUGUCUCCCCGGAGCUAAUCAACUGGAUCAAAGUCAACGCCAAAGACCUGAAGAUCCGUCUGACGGACCGCCGCUGGGCCGCUGAGGUGGUCAACGACUUCCGAGACAACCUGCUGAAGUUCCUGCGGAGCAACGGGGAUCAGACAUUCUUCCAGUCGACGGACUUCCUCAACACCGGCAGCUACUUUGAGAAAGUGAAGAUCCACCACCCCGAUGAGUUCGACAUGAUGCUGAAGCUUCAGGCUCCGUCUCGGCUCAACAUGACGGAGCUCGACGGCGGCCUCUUCUACCGGCUGGACCUGGUGCGGCCGCCUCGGGGCCCCAUACAGGCCUUCCUCUUGAAUCAGCUCACGCUCUCGUCCAGCAAGGUCCUGAGUGAGAUGUACCGCCUCGUCCGCAAGUUCCUCAAGACCUACAAAGUUCCUGUAGAAGGCUUUCACUGGGAGGUGAACAGGAAGCGACCGUACUCUCCGGCUGUGACUUUGUCUCUGUGCGGGACUGAAGUCAGCAGUGACGAGGUGAUCUCCGUGGACCUGGUUCCUGCUCUGGAGGUUCACCCCUCUCAGGGCUGGCCGCUCGCCGUGCGUCACGGUCCUGAUGUGGACAACUGGCUGGGAAAGAAAGUUCGCCAAGAAAUCACAAGUUUACCGUGUUACUUUGUACCAAAGAGGCCAAAAGGACGAAACCUCUGUGAGGAUGCCAAAGAAAGUUGGAGGAUUUCUUUCUCGCACGUUGAGAAGAAAAUCAUCACGAGUCACGGCAACAAGAAAACCUGCUGUGAGAGCAAAGCCACCAAAUGCUGCCGUAAACAGUGUCUGAUGCUGCUCAAGUCUCUGAUCGAAGGCCUGAAACAACGAUUCCCCAAAGAACUGGAUCACCUCUGCUCCUACCACGGGAAGACCGCCUUCCUCCACACGCUGUCCAUCAGGUUCGAUGACUCCAUGUGGGCUCACCAGCAGCUCGCCUCCUGCUUCCUGCACCUCCUCGGGGCUCUGGAGAUGCACGCCCGCACCGGCACCCUCCCUCACUUCUUUGUUCCCAGCUGCAACCUCUUCUCUGAGGCCGCGUUCCCCCGCAGAGCGCUGGCGUUCCUCGUCGGCGCCCUGGAGGAGCAGAGGAGGGACGGACUGCCGCUGCUGAAGCCCGCACCUCCUGUCGCUCCUCUCAGACUCCUGACUCCUGCAGGAGAGGACGACACCUCCUCCGAGACAUCUGCUGACCAGGCAUCCACGCAGACAGCAGGUUUCUCUCUGAACACUGCUCUGAUGGUCCUGGUAUUUGCUGUAGCUGUGAUUUGUGUCUUAUUUUACAUAUAAAUUAUGGGAAAAUAGAGACACUUCUUCCUCUUUUAAAUCAGGUGAAAGCAGGAAUUAUUGUAUAAUAAUUGUUAUUGAUUCUAUCUGAUCAGUGACAUUAUAGAAUAUCAUGUUUUUUAUUAUGAUAAAGAAUGUUUUAACACUAUAAUGUAAAAGGAAAAUAAUUAUCCUCAUGCUUACCUUUAAAUACAGAUUUUUUUCAGAUGUCUUUUAUUUUACUGGUGUAUUUCUUAUCAAAAUCAAUGUUUUGUAGGAUAUCUAGUUCCUUUUAUUCCUUUUUUUCAGAUGGGACUGACUAUCAUCUCUGUGCAAUUACUUUGUUUAUAAAUUUAAUAAUGAAUUAUAUUAUUUUUUGUAUAUUUAUUUGUGUGUAUUUUCCUUUUUUUUUUUUUUUUUUAAUUAAUUAAAAUGUUCUUUAAUUUAAUUAAUUUAUGGGUUUUCAUAUGGUGUUUUCUUUGUGUGACUUUCAGUGUACUGUCAUCACUUGUACGAAUAUAAAGUAUAUUCAUUCCUAAUUAAAUAAAGGUCUUAAA